UGCUCCAUCCAGUCUCCAGAGGGCUACAGAAGAGGGUAGUAGGCAGAGGAGCAGAGCAGACUGAAGAAGACCAACCUGCAGCCAGAAGGUAACAGAACAUUCGGUGGGGAGUAACAGGAAGAAGCCAAGGGGUAGGGGAGAACUGUACUGAAGUCACAACUGGAGCAGAGAAAGAAGUACUCAGGGAGGACAGUAAGAACAUUUUAAGAACAGAGAAUCCCCUGGCACAGCUGAGAAGGAGACCUUUUCACUAUAGACCACCUGAGCUACCAAGAAGGUGCACCUUCUGCCAUGAACCCGCCACCCUACUCCGAGAAACAGCCCUACGAUCAACAACCACCUCCUGCUCAUGGGCCAGCAAAUUCCGCCAUGCCAACUCAGUACCAGCCUUAUUAUGGCCCGUAUGGUGCAGUGCCUGGCCAAGGGGUUAUUAUCCAACCUCCGCUGCACACCACCUAUGUCGUCCCUGUACAACCCACCCACGAACCGGAUUACCUGGGAUAUUCCAUCUUCACUUUGCUGUUUUGUUGCUUCCCUCUGGGAAUUGCAGCCCUGGUUUAUUCCAUACAGACACGGGAUGCCAACCGGAUGGGGAACAGUGCCGAGGCUCAGCGGAACUCCAGGAUGGCACGGAAUUUAGCUCACUCUGCGUUCGGCCUGGGGAUUGUGUUGGCUAUUGUGUACAUUGUUUUGGUUGUCGUGAGCUAUACGUCUUUGUAUAACUGAGGACACACGCAAGACUAUCUGUCCACUUAAUUACCUCCCUCUUUGUCUUCUAUUUAAUUCAUUUUUUUAAAAAAAACUGUAAACAUUUUUAAAGAAAUCAUUCCAAUUCUGAGCCUACACUGAUGCUAAAUGAAGAGACUGCAUGCAGUGAAGGAGGUGUCAGGAAUGUACAAUUUGUUAG